GUCAGAGAGCCGGGUCACUCCCCAGCAGCAGCAGCAGCAGCAGCAUCAUGGCGGCGGCGGAGGAGGAGAAGGAUCCGCUCAGUUACUUCGCGGCGUACGGCAGCUCCAGCUCGGACAGCAGCGAGGAGGAGGCCGGGGAGGAGGACGAGGCGGAGCCGGAGAAGCCGAGCAUGAAGAGGCCGCUGCCCGCUCACAGGCUGCCCCGGCCGGACGAGCUCUUCCAGACCGUCACCCGGCCCACCUUCCUCAGCGCCCCCAGCUCCGGCGCCAUCAACUGGGACAAGCGCUGCAUGCGGCCCCCCGAGGAGCCUCCUAGAGAGUUUAAGGUGUGGAAGACGAAUGCUGUCCCCCCUCCGGAGUCCUACAAGGUGGAGGAGAAGAAAGGGCCGCCUCCUGAGCUGGACAUGGCCAUUAAAUGGUCCAAUAUUUACCAAGACAACGGGGAUGACGCUCCUCAGCAAGUGACGAAAGCAAAGGUCCUGCCAGAGGAUGAGACGGCUGCAGAAUCCCCAGCCUCUGAUGAUGACCAGGACGAGCCGUCUUCUAAGAAGCCCAAGGUCUGACCACUGGAGAGGUGAACGCAGUCUGCCGGGAUCUCCUAGGGACGGCCACUCAGGACCGCUAGAAGAUUUCUGUUGUGACUGAGUGUAGGUCUCUCACGUGUCUGUAGUCACCCAUAUUAUGGCAGCUGUACAGAUAUACUAGAACUCGUGGCGUGGUACAUGAUGCUAGUCCUGGUGAAUAUAAUCCGCUGCCUAGCAACACCUGUUUUUACUUUAUCAGUCCGAUAAAAUGCAGUUUGGUUCUGCCGCUUGUCUGCAUUGUGUUAGAAGCCUUUUAUAAAGGAGUGCGUUUCAGAAGAAGUUGCUGUAAUAUUGCCGCAGAGAAUAUGUUUUAGUAAAUGACUUUGUAAAUAGACCACUGGAAUUAAAAUUACAUUUGGUAAGUUG